AUAAAAUACAGGCAGAGUGAGACCUCUUACUGUUAUGCCUAUCUGUGUUACGUGGUGUUAGCUAAACAGCAUGACCUGCCCGUUUCCCAAUGACAGACUCUUCGUUCUACGGUGCUUUCCUGAUUUGUCAGUGAAAUAAACGAGGUUGAGUCAGAUCUUACCAGUCUGUGAAGAUGCCAGCCGGUGUGUCUUGGACUCGGUACGCCAGGUUCUUAGGAGCCAGUGUUCUGGCUAUGUUUGCUGGAGCACAGGCUGUCCACAUGUACUACCUGCCUGAUCUGAGUAUACCAGAAAUCCCACCAAAGCCUGGGGAGCUCAGGACCGAACUACAAGGCUACAGACUAAGAGAAGAAGCUGCUGCAGCCUUACAGCAAAUUAAAACAAAGAAUAAUGUGGACUAAUGUUCAAUUAUACUUCAAUUACAGUGUGAUGGACUCUAAGUAGAGCAAUGUCCAGUUUUUGCCAACAGCUAAAGGCUGCAGUGUAUCUGGGAAUAGAGUCAUUUCUGGGAUGUCUGCAAAUGAUUCUUUUCUAUAUUGUGUUUCCUUCUAAUGGAGCUAACAGGAGCAGAAUAAUUUGCUACAUCACAGUUGGCUGUCCGAGAUAAGGAUGUUUUCUGGAGCUCAUAUGUUGUAAAUGAAACUCUUCAUUCUUUUUGUGUUUGCAGUUGUUGAACGAGUGAUGAAAUAUGUAAAUGAGCAGUGACUAAAGUCAUUCAUGAGUAGAUGGCUUCCACUGAGCAGAUAAAAUGUAUUUUAAAUAAAAAUAUCAAACUACAA